AUGAGCUCGUUUACAUCGUUUGAAGUUGGUAUUACAAAAAUUGAAGGCAUUGUAUUGGAGUUGCUAAGUGUCACAUUUGAAUCGUUAAAACAGACGAAUUGGGCAAUAUGGAUUGAAGAACAAGGAAUUCCUUCAAUUGAUGCAUUGACUUUUGCUGAAGCGCUUCUCAGUGUCACUUUCGGAUUCACUUUUGAAUAUUUAAAAAGAAGUACCUUUUAUGAAUUAGUUGCUUAUCAUUAUUUCAACAAAUUGGCGGUUAACAUCACUGGUUAUGGGUUAAUCGGCUACUUAAAGAUCGUAUAUAAUGAAUUAGCAAAAGCUGUAUUCAGAACAUUUUUAUCCUUACCAUUUGUUAAAAGUAAAGUUGAUUCAGAAGUUAGAGAAAAUUUGGACAAAUUAGAAGAUUCUUUAAUUGUCAAAACACCAAAUGUUCAAGAUUUCCAAUCAAUACCAACAACUGGUUUAUCAGAUGAUAGCAUUUUAGACUUAUUGCAAAAACUACAAAAUUUAAAACAUUCAGAUUGGCAAGGUGGUAAAGUCUCAGGUGCUGUUUACCAUGGUGGUGAUGAUAUUAUUAAGAUCCAAUCUGAUGCUUUCAAAGUCUUUUGUGUUGCUAAUCAAUUACAUCCAGACGUUUUCCCAGGUGUUCGUAAAAUGGAAGCUGAAGUUGUUGCAAUGACUUUGAAAUUAUUCAAUGCACCAGAAUCAGGUGUUGGUGGUACCAGCUCAGGUGGUACUGAAUCCUUAUUAUUGGCUUGUCUUUCUGCUAAAGAAUAUGGUAAACGUCAUAAAGGUAUUGUUGAACCAGAAAUUAUUAUUCCAGAAACUGCACAUGCUGGUUUUGAUAAAGCUGGUUAUUAUUUUGGUAUGAAAGUCCAUCAUGUUCCAUUAGAUCCAAAGACCUAUAAAGUUGAUUUAGGGAAAUUAAAGAGAUUAAUCAAUAAAAACACUGUUUUAUUAGCUGGUUCUGCACCAAAUUUCCCACAUGGUAUCAUUGAUGAUAUUGAAUCUAUUGGUGCUCUAGGUCAAAAAUAUAAUAUCCCAGUUCAUGUUGAUUGUUGUUUAGGUUCAUUUAUUGUCUCUUAUAUGGAAAAAGCAGGUUAUGAAUUACCACCUUUUGACUUUAGAGUUCCUGGUGUCACUUCAAUUUCUUGUGAUACCCACAAAUACGGGUUUGCACCAAAAGGUUCUUCAAUAAUCAUGUAUCGUAAUAAUGCUCUUAGAGAAGCACAAUAUUAUGUUAAUGUUGACUGGGUUGGUGGUAUCUAUGGCUCACCAACUUUAGCUGGUAGUAGACCAGGUGCUAUCAUUGUUGGUUGUUGGGCAACCUUGAUCAAGAUUGGUGAUGAAGGUUACAAGAAAUCAUGUAAAGAUAUUGUUGGAGCUGCAAGAAAAUUGAAAUUAAGAAUUCAAAAAGAAAUACCAGAAUUAGAAAUCAUUGGUGAUCCAUUAACUUCAGUUAUUUCAUUCAAAUCUGAAAAAAUUAAUAUUUAUGAAUUAUCAGAUCUCUUGAGUUCUAAGGGAUGGCACUUAAGUGCAUUGCAAAAGCCAGCAGCUUUACAUCUUGCAGUCACUAGAUUAUCAGUUCCAGUUAUUGAUGAAUUAGUUGAUGAAUUGAAAACAGCUGUUCACAAAUUGAGAGAUUCAUCUGCUGCUAAAGGUGAUACUGCUGCAUUAUACGGUGUCGCUGGUAGUGUUUCCACCACUGGUGUUGUUGAUCGUUUAGUUGUUGGAUUCUUAGAUACACUAUACAAAACCAAAUAA